AUGUCGUCCGGCAAAGCAGCUUCAUUGAAUGCAUACCGAAACGCUCUUAGAGCCACGAGAAUCGCGUUCAACCAGGACACUGCUACGCUAGCUGCUUCUCGAGAACAAAUUCGAAAUGGAUUCAGAAAUCCCGACACCAGCAAAGCUGUGGAAGAGCGAAUCAAGCACAUCGAGGAGAUCUCGAGGUUUUUAAGAAGAAAUGUUGUGCAGGGCAAGCUAGAGGACCCUGAAAACGCACCCACCAAGUACAAGUUGAACAUCCACGAGGAGACUGAGUUGGGAGACAACGACAGUGUGAAGAAGGCGAAGAAGAUCUUGAUGGACAAGAACCAAGGGUGCUGUGGUGGAUCCAGUGCCAAAAUAUAG